ACGCGAACCGGCGCUCCGAGCCGUGAGUUGGGCGGGGCGCCGCGCUGACGUUGCCCGGGAUGCGGGCAGGUUCCGCAGCCGCCUUCGCCGCCUCCGCCUCUCCUGCCACCCGGGUUUGUAUGAAAACAGCGGGCCGCGGGUGGCGGACGACGGGAGGCGGGCGGCGGGCGGCGAGGAACCGCCGUGCGCUCUGGGAACCGCGGGCGCGGAGGCCGAGCGCAGCGCCCAAGCCGAGCCGAUUAUCUGCAAUGCUGGAAUGAAGUAACUCAAGAUGAGCAAGCUAAAAGUGGUAGGAGAGAAAAGCCUUGCCAAUAGUUCUCGGGUUGUGGGACUCCUGGCUCAGCUGGAGAAGAUCAAUACGGAUUCCACAGAGUCAGAUACUGCCAGAUAUGUUACAUCCAAAAUCCUUCAUUUGGCUCAAAGUCAAGAAAAAACAAGGAGGGAAAUGACAACUAAAGGUUCUACAGGCAUGGAAGUUCUGUUGUCAACAUUGGAGAACACGAAAGAUCUUCAAACUGUACUUAAUAUCCUAAGCAUUCUCAUUGAGCUUGUAUCAUCUGGUGGAGGCCGAAGAGCGAGUUUCUUAGUUGCCAAAGGUGGUUCACAAAUACUGUUGCAACUGCUUAUGAAUGCCAGCAAAGACUCUCCCCCACACGAGGAGGUGAUGGUGCAGACUCAUUCCAUUCUUGCUAAGAUUGGACCAAAAGAUAAAAAAUUUGGAGUGAAAGCUAGAGUUAAUGGGGCACUGACUGUAACUCUGAAUUUGGUCAAGCAGCACUUUCAGAACUACCGUUUGGUUCUACCUUGUCUUCAGCUCUUACGUGUGUAUUCUACCAACUCUGUGAACUCAGUAUCUUUAGGUAAAAAUGGAGUUGUGGAGCUGAUGUUUAAAAUCAUUGGACCAUUCAGUAAGAAGAACUCGGGUCUCAUGAAGGUUGCUUUAGACACUCUUGCUGCAUUGCUAAAAUCAAGACAUAACUGGCAGUUGAAUGAUGAUAUUGAAACAGAUAUUAAUAAAUUAAGACCCCAGCAAGUACCAGGACGAACGAUAGAAGAACUAAAAAUGUACGAGCACCUUUUCCCCGAGCUUGUUGAUGAUUUUCAGGACUAUGAAUUAAUCUCUAAGGAACCCAAACCUUUUGUGUUUGAGGGAAAAACUCGGGGCCCUAUUGUAGUUCCCACAGCUGGAGAGGAAGCACCUGGGAAUUUAGGGAAUGUAAAGAAAGGGGCUGUAAUGAAGGAGAAAGCCAGUCCUAAAGGAGAGGAAACCAAGGAGGAUGCCAAGGGCCAUGACAGGACACUGCCGCAGCAGCCGGGUGGGCAGAACAGAGCGGCUGCCUCAGCCCACAGCUUCAACAACGAUCUCGUGAAGGCCUUAGACCGAAUCACACUGCAGAAUAUUCCUUCACAAGUAGCCUCGGGCUUGACUACAGGAAUGAGGAAGGACUAUGGUCUCCCUCUCACUGUCCUCUCAUGCACGAAAGCAUGUCCUCAUGUGGCUAAGUGUGGAAGUACUCUUUUUGAAGGGCGGACAGUACAUCUUGGGAAGCUGUGUUGUACUGGAGUUGAAACUGAAGAUGAUGAAGAUACUGAGUCCCACUCAUCAGCAGAGCAGGCUGCCUCUGUUGAAGCCUCUGAUGGACCAACACUGCAUGACCCAGACCUCUAUAUUGAGAUUGUGAAAAAUACCAAGUCUGUUCCAGAAUAUUCAGAGGUGGCUUAUCCUGAUUAUUUUGGACACAUUCCACCUCCCUUCAAAGAGCCUAUUUUAGAAAGGCCUUAUGGUGUACAGAGGACAAAAAUUGCCCAAGAUAUCGAGAGGCUGAUACACCAGAAUGAUAUCAUAGACCGAGUGGUGUAUGACUUAGAUAACCCUACCUAUACUACUCCAGAAGAAGGAGAUAUUUUGAAGUUUAACUCAAAAUUUGAAUCUGGGAAUCUGCGCAAAGUAAUUCAAAUUAGAAAAAGCGAAUAUGAUCUCAUUCUGAACUCUGAUAUAAACAGUAACCAUUACCAUCAGUGGUUCUACUUUGAAGUCAGUGGGAUGCGGCCUGGUGUGGCGUACAGGUUCAACAUUAUCAACUGUGAGAAGUCCAACAGUCAGUUUAAUUAUGGUAUGCAGCCACUUAUGUAUUCAGUUCAGGAAGCACUAAAUGCCAGACCAUGGUGGAUUCGUAUGGGUACUGACAUUUGUUACUACAAAAAUCACUUCUCCAGAAGUUCAGUUGCUGCGGGUGGACAGAAGGGAAAGUCUUACUACACCAUCACCUUCACUGUGAACUUCCCACACAAAGAUGAUGUCUGCUAUUUUGCCUAUCACUAUCCAUAUACAUACUCAACUCUGCAGAUGCAUCUUCAAAAAUUGGAAUCGGCACACAAUCCUCAACAAAUCUAUUUUCGAAAAGACGUGUUGUGUGAAACCUUGUCUGGAAACAGCUGUCCUCUGGUGACCAUAACAGCAAUGCCAGAGUCCAAUUAUUAUGAACAUAUCUGUCAAUUCAGAACUCGCCCAUACAUUUUCUUGUCUGCACGGGUGCAUCCUGGAGAGACUAAUGCCAGCUGGGUGAUGAAAGGAACACUGGAGUACCUCAUGAGCAACAGUCCGACGGCCCAGAGCUUACGGGAGUCUUACAUUUUCAAAAUUGUCCCCAUGCUAAAUCCAGAUGGUGUCAUCAAUGGAAAUCACCGCUGCUCCCUAAGUGGAGAGGAUUUGAACAGACAGUGGCAAAGUCCAAACCCAGAGUUACACCCCACGAUUUACCAUGCAAAGGGGCUGCUCCAGUACUUGGCCGCAGUGAAGCGCUUACCUCUGGUUUAUUGUGAUUACCAUGGCCAUUCUCGAAAAAAGAAUGUAUUCAUGUAUGGCUGCAGCAUCAAAGAGACAGUGUGGCACACCCAUGACAACGCGGCUUCCUGUGAUGUUGUGGAAGACAUGGGAUACAGGACUUUGCCUAAGAUACUGAGCCACAUUGCCCCGGCAUUUUGCAUGAGCAGUUGUAGCUUUGUGGUUGAAAAAUCCAAAGAAUCCACAGCCAGGGUGGUUGUGUGGCGGGAAAUUGGAGUUCAGAGGAGCUAUACCAUGGAGAGCACUUUAUGUGGCUGCGACCAGGGCAGAUACAAGGGCUUACAGAUUGGGACUCGAGAAUUGGAAGAGAUGGGAGCAAAAUUUUGUGUUGGUUUAUUGCGUUUGAAAAGACUGACUUCUCCAUUGGAAUAUAAUCUGCCCUCCAACCUGCUUGACUUUGAAAAUGACUUAAUUGAAUCAAGCUGUAAAGUAACUAGCCCCACCACUUACGUUUUGGAUGAAGAUGAACCGCGGUUCCUUGAAGAAGUUGAUUACAGUGCAGAAAGCAAUGACGAGUUAGAGGUUGAAUUAGCGGAGAACACAGGCGAUUAUGAGCCUUCUGCCCAGGAAGAGGCCCUUUCUGAUUCUGAGGUAUCAAGAACAUAGCUGAUUUGAACUUUCUGCCAUCUUUAUAAAUUGCCAAGAAGAAAUGAAAUGUCUUGGUUUUCAUUAUGCAGGAAGUUUGAGAGGAACACGCAUUUAGACAACUGACUCAAAGAAGACAAAAAGGAACUUGGGCCUGUUUGGUUUCAAGACAAUAAAUAAAUUAUUAAUUCAUGAUA